GAAAUUACAUCCAAUUAUUGCUGUAAGGUGAUCUAUCUUGGAGUGCGUACUAUGUCAGUAGCUAGAAGGGGUAUAGCGGGGCGGGCUUGAGCCCUAAAGUGGAUGCUAGCGCAGUCCUCGCUUAGCGAUUACCUAAGCAUCACCCCAUUCUCAAACUCCUCUCUGAAAUCGCCCGUCAGCAAUCGAUCCGAACGACGAACUCAACCGCCAAACGACCGUCGACACGCCGACAUCAAGAUGGUCAAUCUCCGUACUCAGAAGCGCCUUGCGGCGUCCGUGAUCGGCUGCGGCAAGCGCAAGGUCUGGCUCGAUCCCAAUGAGAUGAGCGAGAUCUCCAACGCCAACUCUCGCCAAACCGUCCGCAAGUUGGUCAGCGAUGGCCUCAUCAUCCGCAAGCCCGUUACCAUGCACUCCCGUGCCCGUGCUCGUGAACUCAACCUCGCUCGCCGAAUUGGUAGACACCGUGGUCUCGGUAAGCGCAAGGGUACCAAAGAUGCUCGUAUGCCCAGCCAAGUUCUCUGGAUGCGUCGCCAGCGUGUUCUCCGUCGUCUCCUCGUGAAGUACCGUGCCUCGGGCAAGAUCGACAAGCACCUGUACCACGAACUUUACCACCUCAGCAAGGGUAACACCUUCAAGCACAAGCGUGCUCUCGUUGAACACAUCCACAAGGCUAAGGCCGAGAAGCACCGUGAGCGUGUGCUCAAGGAGGAAAUGGACGCCAAGCGUGCUAAGACCAAGGCUGCCCGUGAACGACGACAAGAGCGUAUCCUCGCCAAGCGAAAUGCUGUGGCUGGUGAGGAAGAGGCCAAUGAGUAAAGGUGUUGGUGAGGAAGCUUGUUGAGAGAAAGACCAUGGUCGGUGUGACUAUGGCAUUCAAAGUCCGGUUGAUUUGGCAUUAUUGUACGGAGCAAUUACUGGUCUUGGGAUCUAUGACGCGUGGUGGGAUUUGCAUGUUAGUACUGUCAGAUAUGAUCGGACAGCUGAUGAGAUCUAAUGCAUCCACUUUCUAUUUCUUUGGGUUCUUACAAGUGAGCCAGAGACGAAAAUUUCCUAUGUGUCUUACAAAUAAAUGAUACGCCAGAGAAUAUCUAUUUUGGUAACCAAGUACUAAAAUCCUACAUACUUUUAUG